UCGACCAGCUCCCCCGCAUCGACGCGCAGAUCGCCGCGCGCGCCCGCCGGCGGCGAGGAGCUCGACCUCUUCAUGACACACUAUGUGCUGCUCCUCUGUUCCUUCAAGGAACAGCUCCAGCAGCAUGUGCGCGUCCACGCCAUGGAGGCGGUGAUGGCCUGCUGGGAGCUCGAGCAAACUCUGCAGAGUCUUACAGGGGCAUCUCCUGGUGAAGGCACCGGGGCAACUAUGUCCGAUGACGAAGACAAUACGGUCGACAGUGAGAGCAACAUGUUUGACGGGAAUGAUGUGUCAGAUGGCAUGGGCUUCGGAAUGCUAACUGAGGGUGAGAGAUCCUUGGUCGAGCGCGUGAGGCAAGAGCUGAAGCAUGAGCUUAAACAGGGGUAUAGAGAAAAGCUUGUGGACAUCAGGGAGGAGAUACUGCGGAAGCAAAGAGCCGGAAAGUUCCCAGGGGACACGGCGUCUACCCUGAAAGCUUGGUGGCAAGCCCACGCCAAAUGGCCAUACCCAACUGUAUGUGACAGACAUCCCGCAUAUACCGUCAUCAACCAGCGCAAGCGGAACUGGCACAGCAACCCUACCUCGUCCUCGUCAGACAAGAGCAAGAGAAAAAGGAACAAUGCAGGUGAGGGCAACGCCGAGCAGUCCUGUUAGGGUGGGUGCGGUCGGUCGGAGAGCGAA